CCGCUCCGUGGGCCUCCAGCUCUAAGCCCUGUCAUCCCUCCCUGAGAGGUCUGAGCCUUCUGGCUUCUACCUUUACAGUCCAUUAAGAUCCCAGGAGUCAUCCCUCAACGAGGAAACAUGGUUUGCGGUGUUGACAACAGGGUCAUCUAUCACCCUCCCGUCCUGGCUCCUGGCCUGCUUGCUGAACAGGCCCACAAUGCCAAGAUCAUGACCACAAGUUGGGGCUAGGGCCUGGGGGGUCACUGGAACUGGGGCUGCUCCUGUUCUACUCCCCAAACCCAGGCAGUAAUCCUCACAGCUUUUCUCUGAUCUGUGGGCUGAUGCUCUUAUCUCUGCCGGCAGACUGACCGUGGAGGCACCCCUUUAUUCCCCCCUUCUUGUGGCUGGAUAGGGGCGUGCUGCUCUUCUCUGGUUCACAGGCUUGUUCCCCACCCCUCCAGGCUGGCCCAAGUCUCUGGAAGCCACAUACCUCCCUCCUGGCCUCUCCCCCACCCCUGCCAGCUGAUUUCAUUUGCCUGGCGUGGUUGUUGCCGGCCUUACCCUUCCCUGUCAGUCCCCCCCCACACACCCCCUCCCAGUCAGGGCCAGGCCAGGCCAGCUCCUCUGGCAGCAGAGGGGGGCAGGUGACAGGCAGGCAUCGCAGCUGAGACAGUGAGGAGGCGCCUGGGAAGCGGAAACCUGGGAGAAGUCCAGCCAGAGCCCAAGAGCCAGAACUACCCCUCGACCUGUGCACCAUGGGGGAGAUGGAGCAGCUGAGGCAGGAGGCGGAGCAGCUCAAGAAGCAGAUUGCUGAUGCCAGGAAAGCCUGUGCGGACAUCACUCUGGCUGAGCUCGUGUCUGGCCUGGAGGUGGUGGGACGAGUCCAGAUGCGGACACGGAGGACAUUAAGGGGACACCUGGCCAAGAUCUAUGCCAUGCACUGGGCCACUGACUCUAAGCUGCUGGUAAGUGCCUCGCAAGACGGGAAACUGAUCGUGUGGGACACUUACACCACCAACAAGGUGCAUGCUAUCCCACUGCGCUCUUCCUGGGUGAUGACCUGUGCCUAUGCGCCGUCAGGGAACUUUGUGGCAUGUGGGGGGCUGGACAACAUGUGCUCAAUUUACAGCCUCAAGUCCCGGGAGGGCAAUGUCAAGGUCAGCCGGGAACUCUCUGCUCACACAGGUUAUCUCUCCUGUUGCCGCUUCCUGGAUGACAACAACAUUGUGACUAGCUCUGGGGACACCACGUGUGCCUUGUGGGACAUUGAGACGGGGCAGCAGAAGACAGUGUUUGUGGGACACACUGGUGACUGCAUGAGCCUGGCUGUGUCCCCAGACUACAAACUCUUCAUUUCGGGAGCUUGUGAUGCCAGCGCCAAGCUCUGGGACGUGAGGGAAGGGAGCUGUCGUCAGACUUUCACUGGCCAUGAGUCAGACAUCAAUGCCAUCUGUUUCUUUCCCAACGGGGAGGCCAUCUGCACUGGCUCAGAUGACGCCUCCUGCCGCCUCUUCGACCUGAGGGCCGACCAGGAACUGACUGCCUAUUCCCACGAGAGCAUCAUCUGUGGUAUCACGUCUGUAGCCUUCUCGCUCAGUGGUCGCCUGCUCUUCGCGGGCUACGAUGACUUCAACUGCAAUGUCUGGGACUCUCUCAAGUGUGAGCGUGUAGGUGUACUCUCUGGCCAUGACAACAGAGUCAGCUGUCUGGGGGUCACAGCUGAUGGAAUGGCUGUGGCCACUGGUUCCUGGGACAGCUUCCUCAAAAUCUGGAACUGAGGAGGCUAGAGGAAGAGGUGGGAAGCCGUGAAGGUUCUCAGCUGGCUUCUCCUAUGCCCCAUCUCCUUAGGGUCGGUCUUCUAUACCCCAUGGGCCAUUCUCAGUACAUUUCCUUUUAAGAGCAGGUGGGAUUAUGGGAGUGUGCCUUUGGAAGCAUGAGGGACACAAGGGCAAGAACUGCCUCAUUUCCUCCAUGGCCUCUCCCCUCCACAGUCCUCACUGCUUCUCCCUAAUAAAAAAGAAUGGACCCCUUCCCCACCCUAGGGUCCCCCUGGGCCACCUUUGUCCAAACCAGGAAUGGCCAGAGUGCUCAGCCCAUGACUAAGGAUGUCGCUCCUAGUUUCCUGGCGCCCUUCCUGCCACUUUCUCCUUUCCUGCCCCUUUGUUCUCUCUUUGUUUUUUGUUUUUUUGUUUUUUGUUUUUUUGGCUUUUCGAGACAGGGUUUCUCUGUGUAGUUCUGGCUGUCCUGGAACUCACUCUGCAGACCAGGCUGGCCUCGAACUCAGAAAUCUGCCUGCCUCUGCUUCCCAAGUACUGCCCUUUGUUCUCUCUUAUUACCUAAUAAAAUGUAGCAUCCUGAUA